CCGUGAAGGUAACGACUUUUCUGAGCGGGUUUCUCCCUCAAAGCAGCGGCUUAACCGUCGCUGAAGCGGCUGUAAAAAUGACGGAACUUUAAUUAUCUCUUUGAAGGAAGCCACCGCGGUUUUGGGAAGUUGAGUGCAGUUUGUUCCUGCUACUAUCUGCACGAGCCGGACUUUCGGAAUGACAUUUGUUGCCUGUAACAGGAUGGAGUGGCUGCUGCAGCGGUUCCAUAAAGAGGCGGUGUUCCACUCUGUCAUACGGACAGCUAUGCUCAUGUUAUGUUUGCUCCUGGUCCUGUCUGUGUCCCUGUAUCCCGGGUUAAGGUCCAUAGGGGUGCAGCUUCAUUCAGUGCUAACAGGAAGUUACAUGCCAGGCCAUCACUCUCUCCUUGUUAUCAACAGUCCCAAUGAACAGACAGCCAAAGACAUUGGCAGGGCAAUCAUGGAGAGGCGGCUGGCAGCCAGUAUUAACAUUCUCUCCAGGACCUCCACAAUGUACUACUGGAAAGGUGAAAUCCAGGAUGCAACUGAAUUUCUGAUGCUGGUGAAAACAAAGACCUCCAGGGUCCAGCAGGUGGUAGACUACGUGAGGUCUGUCCACCCAUAUGCAACCCCAGAAGUCCUCAGCUUCCUGGUGGAGGACGGCAGUCUGGCUUACAUGAAAUGGAUGGAUGAAGCAAUUCCAGAUGACUGAUGCAUCCUUAAAAAAAGACAAUGUUUGCAUGGAGCUGCAGCUGAGAAAGGAUGCUGAGGAAAUGUGCACAUGCUGCUGUUUAGGGUUAAGUAAAAACUUUAAUAACCAAGGGCAUAGUAUAUAUUUAUACCGUUUUCUAUUUUUGGCCUUUUAUUUAUGCUUUGUAGAUUUGUUUUAUACCACAACUACAGACAACGCUUCACUCAACAGCUGAAUGGCUACCUAAACAGGACUGGUAGUCUCAUAUUGCUUGUUAGACAGAUAAGCAUACAAAGAUGAACACUUCAACUGCCUGUGGUAAGUAACCACAGCAUUUGUGACACAAUACCAAUAAUGGGCUUAAAAGAAGAGUCACUUUACUAUAAAAUGCAUUCAUUUUCUCAUCUCUAAUUAUCAAUAAUGCCUAUGCAUUACUGCACUUGUAACAGAUAACACUAUCCUGUAAAAGCUGUGAUCUUUCAGUGUUUUCAUUUUAUAAAGCAUGCCCUCUAUUUCAGCUUUUACAUGUAUUUAUUGAAAAUGGAUUUAUUAUUAUAAGCUGUGUUAAGGGUUUGCCUAAAAGUAGGGUUCUGCAUAGUGCUAUAUUAAAUAUUCUUGGCAUAGCAACACAAUACCAAAAACAGAUUAUAUUGCUGUGUCAUCUAACACAGCAUUGUUGCUCAUACUUCACAGUACAUUUCUAUAUUUAUGCCUAUGAAUUCAGAAGAUUUUAAGUCUGUUUUUGAAAACUCUAAGGCUUUCCUCAAAUGGAAACCUGAGCAGUGAUGCUCAGAGCAACAUGGUUUUAGAGAAAUCUAUAUGUACCUUCAGUUCAAUAAGUUAUUGAUCUGUUAGGCUGGAGAAGAUUUCUUUUACCGGCUCAAAAGGUGCUGCGAGCAACACACAACUGUUGUACUUGCACACUGUAAGUACAAGGGAAAGAGCAUUAUCUCAGGACUUCUCUGCUCUGGGUUAGAUCAGGUUGUACUGAUAUGGCAUGUGCUUCACUAAACUAAAGCUGCACACAAGCACAAGGGGUAAAUAAACAAAAAGCGAACCUUCAAAAGACACAUCCUACCUCCACAGGAGUUAGAAUGCAGGGUAAAACUCUAAUAAAAGAACAUAAAACAUGCCUAAAGAUGAUUAAAUACUGACUUCACUUGCAUAUAUUGAUAUCAACACAGUUUGCAGUGUACUUCUCUGGAUUCCUGCCGUAACUAAUAUGCACUGACAGGAUGUUUUGUAUUUACUUCGAUUGUUUUGUAUGCCUGGUUUUAUCCUGUUUUUAAAAAGGGCUACCACUUGCAGUGUGCCAUAUUUGGGAUAAUACAGGUCAGACAGCCAUGCGUGCUUACCUCAUCCUACAAAAGUACACACUAAGCCUCAGUCUGCAAAACACGUUUCCGGCAUGAGGACUCAACAAAAGAACUGCAGACACGAUUUAGUCGGCUGUUGUGUCUGCAGAGCCAAAAUAAUCCUCCCUAUCAGGUCAGGGGAGCAGGACGUUUGAUGAUGCUGUUUGA